AUGAAUCCUAUUCUUGCGAAGUUAAAUGAAGUUUUAGAUGUUACACAUAGUUUGGCUACAGGACAACAAGAGGGAAAUGAAGGUGAUAGAGAAGGAAAUAAAGAUGAAAUUCCUAUUAAUAAGGAUGAGAUUCCAGAAGUUAAUUUGAGAAAUUCUUAUGAAACUUGGAAAAUGGCUAAGUUAGAUGCUGCAAAAGCUAUUCUAGAAAAACAAACCUUAACAGAAAAGAUGACAAAUCCUAGAGAUGUGAAAACUGGUCGGAAGGGUAAUGUAUCUUUUAGAUCAGGGAAAGGAAAGGUUAAUAUUGUUUCAGAACUAGAUGAUGAUAUGAAUCCUAAUGUAUCGUAA